UAUUUAGUAUAGUUGUAGUGAUGGGCCUCCGUAACUAUUCAGCUAUCCGCAGCAACCCGUUGAUGUUUACUUCCUGCUAGCCGAUUGCCUCCUACCAUGAACGCGGAGUACCCCAAAGAGGUUCUGUCAUCGAGUAACUCUCUUCCUGCUCGUAACACCUAAUUUAACCACGCAUCCCUGGAUUGCAUUGCGUAGAGUAGCACUACAUGGCUUGGAAUAGUCAGCCUCCAGCGUUCUUGGGAGUAAUACACGGUCGCGUGAAAUGAGUCUUGACGUGGAAACAGGGAGCUACUUAUUAGUAAAAUGAUCUCCACUUCUCCAGAUAUUCCUUCAUCUACUGCAUGCUUCAUAUGAUUACAUACCUAGCCCCUUUAGACUAUGAGCAGCUUAAUCAGACCCAUCAGCUAAACAAUGGUUAAACUCGUGCUGACCCCUGAGGAAGAGGCUCACCUUAGCGACACUAGACAGCCCGCCCUCUGGGGCUGCUUGGUCGUUUUUCUCGUCAUCAACAAUGCGACCAUCGCUGCCAGGCUAUGGGGAACAUGGACUUCAGUAUCAAGCCGCUCGCGGGUUAUGGCUGAGGAUGUGUUGAUUAUUUUGAGCGGUGCCCUUGCCGAUGCUAUCAUAGCGAACCUCAUGGUAGCAACACAUUAUGGACUAGGCUUACACGUUUUCGCUAUAAACUUCCUAGAUGCGGAAUAUCCUGCGAACUUAUCCAAGACUUUCAGGCACAUCUGGAUCACCAUGGUUUUGAUGGGAAGCUUCUUUACCAGUAUCAAGAUGACCUUGCUUUUCUUCUACAAACGACUUUUCCUAGUAUCCAGUUAUAAACUACGCAUCUUCUGGUGGAUUAAUCUCGUUUACGUCGUCCUCUGGUUCUUCGGCGCAACGGGCUUCUAUCUGUUCCAGUGCCAGCCCGUGCAAUGGUAUUUCCUUCAAUAUUUCGCUCGAUUCCACAAGCCCGUCCCGGGAAACCUAACAGGUAAUUGCGAUGCUACAAGUGUGCUUCAUGUGUCACUCCCGCCGAUUUUCAGCCUCGUAUCAGAUAUUGGUCUCUUGCUAUUGCCUAUGGCCGCUAUCUCUCAAUUAAGGCUUAACAAAAACAAGAAACGCGGUCUCAUGGUCGUCUUUGGCAUCGGUAUACUUACCUGUCUACUUGAAUUGGUUCGCGUGCUGGUUCUCCUCAUCGACACUGAUGAUAAGACGGACCCCAGCUAUGGGGUUGCCGUAUUCUUAAUACUUACCGCCGCUGAAGAGACUCUCGCAGUAGUGUGCGCUAGUUUACCCGUGAUCGUACCCCAGAUCGUCAAGAAGUAUAAAGGUAGGGCUGGAGGGAGCAGUUAUGUCUACGACAGAAACGCCGCUCAAGCCUCUUCCGAGAGACGGAGCGCCCGUGGCUUCAGACGCGUCGCCAGCCUGAACCACAUUUGGACUAUGCAGACAACCGUCGACGACACUAAAGUCACUUGUUCUCAAGAAGACGACAUUCCCCUAACCACUGUAGAAGCUACUGCGAACUCGGCGACAAAGGACAAUAGCCAUGAUAACACGCCAAACUACAUCCAAUAUCAACCACAAGGUCGCAGAGAAAACACCAUGAGCCAAGUUAACGAUUCGUAUUUGCCAACACAAUUCCAAGACGGAGGCCAGGUCACUCAGGCAAGAAAUAUUGAGUCGCCGGCACCGGGCGAUAUUUACGUGCGUACUGACAUACAAAUUCAGGUAGGGGAUGCUGAUGAUGCAGGAGUCGUUAAGCCAACAAACACUAGUCGGCCGAUAGUUUGAUGAUUUACCAGGAGUUCGAUACCUUGUAUUUGUAGUCUUGUAUUAGGCGGCCAUGUAUGAGUUUGGAUUCUAUUCUGUGCUUGAGCAUUUCGGUGUUGGACAGGAGCUGUCAUUUAGGGAGUAGCGAUACACGUUCUGAUGAAGCCUAUUUCGGGUCUACGGAUGUUUUUUUAGGGAACGUUUCCUUGCUAUAUCGACGAAGGGACGAGAUAAAAUGACAUUCAAUGUGAGCUUAGUUUAGGUACCUAACUAUUCACUAUUUUACGCUUC